AUGUGGGAAUUGGUCUUUACAAAAUCAUCCGAUGCAACAACUGAAGAGUCUAGUUUCUAUUGCUGCGGAGAGACAGCAAAACUAGAGCAAGAAAUAAAUGUAAUGGUUUUAAAUAUUUCUCAGUGCUACAUUCAUGUUUGGUAUGAUAAAAUUAGUGACAGUGAGGAAUUUGUAUUAUAUUUAAACGGUUGCAUGAGAGAAACUUUAAUAAAUCUAUGUAAGGGUGUUUCUAAAAUAGAUCGAAAAAAAUUUUCAUUUGUAAUAAUGCAAUUAUAUCUUCAUUUUCUUACUCACAUUGUGGAUGCCAAGCAGAAAUCUGGAAAAUUCAAAUUGGAGAAUUUUCAAAUGAGGCAUUGGGCAAUAAAAGACAGCUUGACGGAAUGGUGCUACCUUCAGAGUCUUGUUAGUACAUUAAUAGAUACUUUUGGGCCUGCGGAAUAUCAUAGCACCUUUCAUAGUAAAUGUAAUCCUGUCCUCCAUGCAGUUGUUGUUGAAAUUUUAGCUGAGAACGUCAUCUAUCCACUUCUAAAUGUUUUAUCAGAUCCUGUUCGUCUAAAUUCAUGGAUUCUUAAAUUUCUAUUGAACUAUGUUAUGAAACAAGAGCAAACUGAAGUUAUUUCCAUGGAUGGAAUUUCACAUCAAAGCAGUUCUUUGAAUUUAGAUAGUGGCUAUGGUAUUAAGCCAAAGAUUUUACUUCCUGCUGAAGAUUCUUUUGUUGAUUCUGUGUCUGAAAAUAUGUCUGUGAAUGUUUCUGAUAAUACGUUAACUAUUCCUCCUGAUACGUAUGUUGAAGGUCCAUCUGAAGAAUGUCAUGAAGUUUUUAGAAAGUUAAGUGACAUUGGAGAUUUUGAAGACUUACCUAAUUUUAUAGGUACAGGUUUGAAAUCAUCAAGUAAUAUUAAUUUGUUAAAUAGUGACUUUUUAGAUACAAAAGAUGUUAGUUCUGAAAAAGGUUUACCUGUUUCCUGUGAUACUUCUACUAUAAAAAGAUCGAAAAGUGCGGAUUAUAUUCGCCAAAUGCCACAAUUGAAAGCACUAAAUGUUAAAGAAUAUAGUAUUGUAUUGCAAAGUGAAAACAACAAAAUGCUUGUCGCUCUCCGACCAGAUGCAAAUCCUAAUAAUCUUGUAGAACAGGCUGAGGAAGCUGUUGAAAUUGAAGUUCCCACUUUAUUUACUGAUGUCAAAAUAACGGACACUCAGCAACAAAGUGAGGCUGGUCUCCUUCCGUACAUAUUAUAUUGUAUUCAGUAUUCAGGCGUCUUCCAUGACACUAGUUCUGAGACUCCUCAUUUUGUGAAGCAAGUUGUAAGCAUCAAAAGGCGUUUUCGGGAAUUCCUUGCACUGCAGUCCAGACUAGAAGAUAAUCCUUCUUUGAAAAACUAUUUAAAAGGAAUAAAAGGACCUAGUAAAGGGUUGGCACUACCAUUCUCUAAUCUAGAUAAAAAGAACAUAGCUGAAAGAAAGUCUUUUUUGGAAAGUUAUCUAAAAGAGCUAUGCAGUCAAGGGCCAAUUGCACAAAGUUCUGAACUUCAGCAGUUUUUAGCUUAUGGUGGAGAUGCACGUAUAGCUUUUGUUAAGAAAGCUGUUGAUAUUGGUGUUCCAAGAAUUGAUAAGAUGUUGGUUCGGGGUGUGAAAGGUGCAAUCGAUAUGUUUAGAACUGCUAUGCCAAAUUCUCCCAUUGAAGGUGGAUGUUCUGAUAGCAAUCUGUUUCUGAAUUCAAAAGCACUAUAUGAAGAUAUAAGUCCAGACUAUCGAUUUCAAGAGCACUUACUAGAAUUUUCCAGUAAAGAACCAGAGAUAAAAGAAAGUGUGGUAUCAUUUUUAGAAAAUUUCAGUAAGAAAUUUUCUUCUAGAAAUGUAUUUGAUACUUUAAAAAGAUCCGAUUCCAAUGGAAAAAGAUCCUCGUUACUGCAUUCUCGAUGCAGUCUAAAUAUUGAUGAAAGCUGCAUGUGCAUUGAAACUGCAAAUGUGAGAGAAAUUUUUAUGCUGGAAGAAAAUCCAUUUGGAGAUACUGUGUUUCAACUUUUAAUGGAAGCUGUUAAGUUAAAUAAUUUGAAUAAAGCUUGCAUUCUCUCUAUUGGAAAGCUGCUGUAUUCUUCAUGCAUUGAUAGGUUUAUUAUUAGCAAAAUUGAUAAGAUAUCCGAAGAACAGUUUGCUGUGUGUCUACACUUGCUUCAUAAAGCUUUAUGGCCAGAUGAAAAAAGUCAAGAUGAAAACAAGACAAAACCAGACAGUGCAUCCCAAAUUAAAAAAAUAAUAGAAUGUUUAGAAACUUUUUUAGCCAAAAACUAUAUGUCUUUGAAUAUGAGCUAUACUCUAAGGAAGUUUGUUUUGAGUAAAAUACAUUUGUUCCUGUCAUCAGUUCAACAUCAAGAAUCAAAUAGGUGUUUAUUGUUCCAUAUUUUUGAUGUUGUAAUUGAAACCUUGUGCUCAAAAGAAGAAUAGACAUAGUGCCUGUUAAUAAAAUUUUGUUGUGUCAUAUAUAUGUUGUUAUAUAUUUAUAGACAUUAUGGUGAGUUUUUCGAGAAUUCCAUUGGAUUACCCAUGGGAUAUAUUUUUGGAAUAUCAUGC